AUGUCGACUCGAAAAUUUGAAUCUGGAAGUUCAAAAUUAAGAAAAAAGAAAAGAAUUGAUGCUUUAAUUGAAGCACAAAAAGGAGCUUUAGAUAAAUUUAUCAAAACAAACAAAAAAAGUAAAUUUGAAAACUUAGGUGAUUGUUCAUCAAAUGAACUAAUUAAUCAUGUAGAAACUAACAAUAUAGACAUAGACAACCAAAAUGAAAAUAUAGAUAAUUUUGUAGAAGAAGUUAACAAUAUAGACAAUGAUGAAAAUGACAAUAGUAAUUUAUUAACAGAAGAGCUUCAUAGUGUUGACGCCACUAAAAAUAUAUAUGAUCCAAGUCAAUGGAUAAAUAUUAGUACAAGUUUGAGAGAUUUAUUAGUAGAAAAAGGUCCGAUUAAAGUUACCGAUAUUGAUUUUCCUAAGGAUGAAUCCACAAGACACUUUUCUUCCUCAUUUUAUAUUCAAAAGUUGUCUAAUGGAAAAAACCGUGAAAGAAGAUGGCUAAUAUAUUCUCAAGAUUUGAAUAAAGUAUUUUAUUUUUGUUGUAAAUUAUUUAAUACUCUUUCUAGUACAAGCAAAUUAGCAAGUGAUGGUAUUUGCGAUUGGAAAAACAUGGGUAAUACGUUGAGGAGUCAUGAGAUGAGUAAGGAACACAUUGUAAAUAUGAAUUCAUGGAUUGAUUUAGAUAUGAGAUUGUUAAAAAAUAAAACAAUUGAAACACAUGUUCAAGAUCAAAUAAAUAGAGAUAGAGAACAUUGGAGAAAUGUAUUGUUAAGAAUAAUUGCGGUUGUUAAAACUUUUGGAAAAAAUAACUUAGCAUUUCGCGGAACAAAUGAAAAGAUUUACCAAGAACAUAAUGGAAAUUUUUUAAGUCUAAUUGAAAUGAUUGCUGAAUUUGAUCAUAUAAUGCAAGAACACAUUCGCCGAAUUAAAAAUAAUGAAAUCCACAAUCAUUACCUUGGACAUAGGAUACAAAAUGAGUUAAUAAGUUUGAUAGCAAAUGAAAUUAAAACAAAAAUUGUUCGAAAAAUUAUUAAUGCAAAAUAUUUUUCAAUUAUACUUGAUUGUACUCCGGAUAUAAGUCAUCAAGAGCAAAUGUCUUUUGUAUUACGAUGUGUAGAUAUUUCUUCUACUUCAAUACAAAUAGUUGAACAUUUUGUGGAAUUUUUAAUAGUAAAUGAUACAACUGGAAAAGGUAUUUUUGAUGCAAUUGUGAAUGAAAUAAAUACUAUUGGAAUUGAUAUUAGUAACUUAAGAGGGCAAGGUUAUGAUAAUGGGUCUAAUAUGAAGGGAAAACAUCAAGGUGUGCAAAAAAGAUUUUUAGACAUUAAUCCUAGAUCAUUUUAUACUCCGUGUGGUUGUCAUAGUUUAAAUUUAGUAAUUUGUGAUAUGGCUAGUUGUUGUCCUAAAGCUACAUCUUUUUUUGGAGUAUUACAACGCAUAUAUACACUAUUUUCUUCUUCUACUAAAAGAUGGAAAAUUCUACAAGAUCAAAUUCCCAACCUAACACUUAAAUCAUUGUCACAAACACGUUGGGAAAGUCGUAUUGAAAGUGUAAGAGCUUUGAGAUUUCAAACUUCACAAGUAAGAGAUGCUUUAUUAAAAUUGUCUGAAAUGACCGAUGAGGCUAAAAUUAAAAGUGAAGCAGAAUGUUUAACGACUUAUGAACUUGAAAAUUUCGAGUUUUUGCUAGGCAUGACUAUUUGGUAUGAGAUAUUAAUUGCAGUAAACUCUGUUAGUAAAAAUAUGCAAUCAAAUGAUAUGUGUAUUGACGUUGCUAUAGAUCAGCUAAAAGGUCUUGUUUCAUUUUUUGAAAAGUAUAGGGAAAAUGGAUUUGAAAAUGCUUUGAUUUCUACAAAAGAAAUUGCUAUUGAAAUGAAUAUAGAACCUAAAUUUCGUGAAAAACGUAUUAUUCAUAGAAAGAAACAAUUUGAUGAGAUUAUAGACAAUGAAGUUAUAAAAUCACCUGAAGAAUCAUUUAAAACAGAUUAUUUCUUAUAUAUAAUAGAUCAAGCAAUAACUUCGUUUCAAAGUAGAUUUGAACAAUUUAAAAUAUAUUAUGAUAUUUUUGGUUUUCUAUUUAGUAUUAAGAUAUUAAAAUCCAUUGGCAUUGAAAAUUUAAAAGAAAAUUGUUUUAACCUUGAAAAAUCAUUGAAACAUAACGCCGAAUCUGAUAUUGAUGGGUUAGAUUUAUUUAUGGAACUAAAAAUUUUAAGAGAAAUAAUACAAGUGGAAAAUGAUACUCCAAUUGACAUACUUAAUUAUAUAAAGAGACUUGAUUCUUUUCCAAAUGCAUAUAUUGCUUAUAGAAUAAUGUUAACAAUUCCUAUUACUGUUGCGUCUGCCGAAAGAAGUUUUUCAAAAUUAAAGUUAACAAAAUCUUACUUAAGGUCUACAAUGUCUCAACAAAGAUUAAAUGGAUUAGCUUUAUUAUCAAUUGAAAAAGAAAUGUUAAACGAAAUUGAUUACAAAAGUUUAAUAAAUGAUUUUGCUUCUCAAAAAGCUAGAAAAGUAAAAUUUUAA